GGUCGUGAAUGGUUUUCACGUUAAUAGUUGUGCUCAUUUGGUCCUUAAGAUGGUGGUCUGUCAUGCUAUUGACGGACAUUCAGUCAAGAGUAGUAUUCGAGAGAUUGGGUGGCAUUCAAGAGAUGAAAUUAUGCCUCGCGGUUGCGGAUGAAUUUGGGGAUUUUUGGAGGUUACCUGAGGCUCACACCUCUGUGGUGGUAAGGCGUUCUGGGGUUCCACGAAAUGGCUCGCCACCUUCUUGGUUAGGCGAACACCCUCUGCCCCUCUCUUCUCUUCUGAGUUGCUGAGGUAGUUGGAAGGGAUUGCAUUUUGCCUGGCUGGGCAGUUGUUGUGGUGGUAAGGCGUUCUGGGGUUCCACGAAAUGGCUCGCCACCUUCUUGGUUAGGCGAACACCCUCUGCCCCUCUCUUCUCUUCUGAGUUGCUGAGGUAGUUGGAAGGGAUUGCCAUUUGCCUGGCUGGGCAGUUGUUGUGGGAGUCGACCUUGCAGUCGGCUGCGAUUUUGUCUCGACGGUGGUCACGAGCGGCCAUAUCAGGGGCAUUCAAAUGACAACAUAAAGCCGAUCUGAGUUUCUUGGGACCGCCCUACAUGUUCACGCUGUUCUCCGUGGUAGUUGUUAUCUCUUGAUAAUUUCAAGUGACGCACUUCUUCUAGCUCUACUAGACUGCUGGUGCACGUCAAUUAUUAUUGCCCAAAGGCUUAAAGUUGGCCUGGGUGGAGCACAAGGAAAUGGAUGAAAUGUGGGAGUCCCCAAGUUGACCACUCGGGAUAAGCGAGGGUCCCCAACACAGAAAAACUCGGGGUUUUCACGUGAGAAGCGCACCCUUUAACCGGGGGAGAACAUUGAAGAUAUGGAUUUUACUCUCUUCUGCGCACUGCAUCAAACCUCCGAAGUACCUGGUACACGCGGCCAUAUGGAAAUAUCAUGAUAAGUAAUGUUGCCUACGUCGUCAACGUCUAAAGGUAAAUGAAGUUCGCUCCUGUUCCCUUAUCGCAUCGCAAGGAACGAACACGAAGUGCGGGAGAUUCCACUCGUGCGCGUGGAAGGAAGAAUCAUGAUGAUCAUGAUGAAAUCUAACUUCUGAGGUUAUAUCUUCUGCCCGUCAGGGAAAUCUUAGCCAGAUUGCCGAAUAGAUUCCCGCCAUCAUAUCUUCUGCUCGGCCACGCAGUUUUAUUGCUGGCGCUGCAUACGCGAGUCGUUGAGUCUUCCGGCGAUGCCAAUAUAAUGCUUGGUCAAAUGGAAAUGGAGUGAAGUCUACAACAGCAACACGAUGAAUAUAUCCGAUGACUACCAUCUAUUUUUCCACCAUAGCAACAUAAUUGAUGUGCUGUACAGAAGAUUCGUGUCGUGUGCUUUUUUCGAAGACUUCCUUGCUUCAAAGAAAACUCUCUACGAUGGAACCUGAAGAUGACUCUGACCCCCCUGAUGCGGCGGGGGCAACCUCUUCUUGACUGUCAGUCUGGUUUCUUACGAU